AGGUUAAAGGUUUAGAAGCUUAUUACACUCACUACGUGUUGUUGAAUGAGUGAAGUGAGAGGAAGCAAUGACUCGUUUGAGCUCAGAGCAGGUAUUGAACGACAACAAUGCCGCCGAUCCAAAUUCAAUUUCCAGUCUUCACCUCACUCACAAAGCUCUUUCCGAUGUUUCAUGCUUAUCCAGCUUCAAUAAAUUGGAAAAGCUUGACCUAAAGUUCAAUAAUCUCACUUCACUUGAGGGAUUGAGGGCAUGCAUUAAUUUGAAAUGGCUAUCAGUUGUGGAAAACAAAUUAGAAAGCUUAGAAGGAAUUCAAGGUCUUACUAAACUCACUGUACUCAAUGCAGGAAAAAAUAAACUUAAAUCUAUGGAUGAGAUUGGGUCACUUACUACCCUCCGUGCACUGAUUUUGAAUGAUAAUGAGAUUACCUCCAUUUGCAAACUUGAUCAGAUGAAAGAGUUGAAUACUAUUGUUCUGUCCAAAAAUCCCAUCGGUAAAAUUGGUGAGGCUCUGAAGAAGGUGAAAUCCAUCACAAAGCUUUCCCUUUCUCAUUGUGAGCUUCAGGGUAUUGACACUUCCCUCAGUUCUUGCGUUGAAUUGACAGAGCUUCGUCUUGCUCAUAAUGAUAUUAAGUGUCUCCCAGAAGAAUUAAAGCACAAUUCGAAGCUUCGGAACUUAGAUUUGGGGAAUAAUGUGAUCACAAAUUGGUCAGAAGUUAAGGUACUCAAAUUACUCACCAAUCUGAGAAAUCUCAAUUUACAAGGAAAUCCUGUUGCUGCAAAGGAGAAAGUUACAAGAAAGAUUAAGAAUGCACUGCCAAAGCUACAAGUAUUCAAUGCCAAACCUUUAGAUAAAGAUACCAAGAACGAGAAAGGUCACAUGGUCGAUGAUGCUCAUGAUUUUUCAUUAGAUAAUGAAGGUCAAAAUGAGGAUGAUCAUCUUGAAGCUGCUGACGAGAGAAAGUCUGGUAAAAAGAGAAAGAAAACUGUUGAUGUAUCUGAGAAGGAAGGCGGGGUCCAAGAUAAGGAAAAUACAGGUCAUAACAAGGAUAAUGGAGAUAGAAAGAAAGACAAACUUGAAAGUUCUGUUGAUCCUGACACGGAGAAUAAGUCAACUAAGAAAAAGGUAAGAAAGGAUGCCAAGCCCACAGACAAAGCUUUGGCUCUUGAGGAAAAUUUUGAUAGGACUGAGAAGAAAAAGAAGAAUAAAAAGGAUGAGAAACAAAGUGAAUGUGAUAUUAUUGAUGAUGCAGAAACUUCAUUUAUGGACCUUUUUAACAUUGAUGAUGUAGACAAUCUAAAUCGUGGUGGUGAAAAGAAAUUACAGGACCAAGUGCCUAAGGAUUUGAAACCGAUCAGCAGCAUAGAGACCUUACCUGUCAAGGUUAAGAGUGCGAAAAUGCAUAAUACGGAGUCUCUAUCAUCUCCAGUAACAGAAAUCGGAAUAGGAGGGCCAUCAACAUGGGAUUAGUGAUAUCAUGUCGAAAUAUGCCGAUAUAAACCUACAAAUUUUGAUUCUGACUCACCUGUUAGUUUUCUCCUUGUAUUUGUUUUUGUUCAGUGUGAGCUCAUUUAUUUUCUGCUUCAGUUUUUGACUUUUUUGAUUAGUAGGAAUUAAACUUGCUACAUUGAGAUUUACAACACUCACGCACACUGUGCACCAAACAUUUGCGCUAGACGCCUGGUUGCUAAUAUGUGAAUUGCACAUCAGAUUCAGGUCCUACUUGUGAGUUGUGUGUUGUGAUGGUGGUGUUCUCAUUAGAUUCAAUCAACACCUUUCUUUCCCUUUCCAUUAUUUAAUAAGUUGUUUGCAACUAAGAUACU